AUAGUGGCUCAAUUUUAGUCUUAGGCAAUACAUUUCGAGCAGCUUUCCAUUAAGAGAAGCAGGCGUAAUGAGGUUUCUACCGAUACUUAUAGUUGCCCUAGCGGUUUUCGUCCCGCUUUCAUGGGCAAGAUAUGCUUCGGAUCUGGAGGAUGUUGAAUUUUCGCCAAACGAAAAGGCUUUGACUAGGGUUCGUCGGCAAGAUGAGACGACGGAAGACACUGCCGAAGAUACUGCAGAGGACACUGCAGAGGACACUGCCGAAGAUACCGCGGAAGACACAGCCGAAGACACUGCGGAAGAUACUGCGGAAGAUACUGCUGAAGACACUGCUGAGGACUCAUCCGAUACUGCCGAGGACUCAAGCGAUACAGCUGAUGAUUCAAGUGAUACCGCUGAUGAUUCAAGUGACACUGCUGAUGACUCAAGUGAUACUGCUGACGAUUCAAGUGAUACGGCUGAUGAUUCAAGUGAUUCGGGAUCAGAUUCAAGUGAUUCAGGUUCAGAUUCAAACGGUUCGGACUCAAGCGAUUCAGGAUCUGAUUCCACAGAUUCAAGUGAUUCUGGUUCAGAUUCGAGUGAUUCAAGCUCAGACGACUCUGGAUCUAACGAUGUCUCUGGAUCUGGUUCUAAUGGCACCUCUAAUGGAAGAAGGCAAAAAAUCAAAUUUACGAAUUUACGCUUCCGCAAUUUGCGCAUAAAAAAUCUAAGGAGGCGAGGUGGCAGUAGCAAUAGUGGUAGAAGCGGCAAUAGAAGAAGGAGGCGUCGCCCUGUUCGAAGAAUAGUUCGUCGGCGUCCUGCGAGAAGAAUAGUUCGUCGACGCCGUGGCGGAGGACGGAAUAACCGGCGACGCGUUAUUAUGAGGCCAGUGGCAGCUGGAUCUCGAAGAACAAUUUUGGUGAGAAGGAAUGCAGGUGUCAGGAGGGUAGGUGUUAGGAGACAAGGUGCGAGGAGGGUAGGUGUGAGGAGAAUGGGCGCUAGGAGUAUGGGCUUAAGAUCACGGAGUAUGGGUCGCAGACCACGCCGAAGGGUAUUGCGUAGGCGAAGAGGAUGAAUCGAUAUUCUGAAAUAAAAGACAUUGAAAUGGCAUUCUUAUAAAAUUCAGC